CGCCUUGUGCUGCUUUUAGGCUGCUCACAUGCCGCCUCAACACAUCCAUUGCACCUAUAAAAGCCCGAUAUCUCCCCCUCAAAGAACCAUGCACUUUCUCUCUUCUUUUUCCCUCUCCUGUCUGUCUCGCCCGGUGCACUGCCCUCUUACCAAGAUGCCGCGUUACCCGACAAUUACCCUUUUCCAAUAUGGCGCCGGAGUGGCCGACGGUCAUCUGAACGAUUGAGACAUUGAGACCUUGUUACUGUCGCUUCAUUGGAAAUCGACCUAUCCACAUCACCCCCUGGUGCUGUGCUGCUGCUUAUGAUUGCAGUUAUGGGCCCCUUCAUGCUUGGUCCGCCAGCUGAUCAGCGACUUUUGAGUUUUUGGCUGUUGCUUCCGGCCGUGCCAUCCUAUUUGGGCUUUCCCUUGAGGACUUCUGGAUGCUCAGCUGCCCUGCUAUGGUCUUUUAUCUUGAAAUCUCAUGGUUUAUUCUUCGGUCAAGCUCCUGAGUUUCGACAUGGGAUAGGGAACUUCCUGGUUAUCCAGCAUCCAGGUCUGGCUGUGAACUGGAGGGCACCUCUCCCCCUCCACAGCCGUCUUUCGACCCCACCAGGAUCAAUUCAUUUACAUAUUCGAAAUUACUGCAUCCUUUUUAUUUCAGCAUGUUUGACAUGCGAGGCUUGGAGCUGCAACACCCAGAUGCGAUUGGCGCAGGGCACUGGAUCUCGGCCUCCAGGUGUCACUAGUAGAUGAAAAUAGACACGUCAGCAGAUGUGAUUUUCAGGACGAGAGAAAUUCGCCUCAUUGCUUCUGUUUUGAUGAGAAAGGUGGAAUGGUAGACUUGGCAGACCGAGGGCAAGUGUAAAGAGGACAAUUGAGGUUGCAGAGGUUGCAACAUCUCAACUCAAUUCUCCCACAACCCGCACUCUUCCCUCUUUCCAAUCACCUGUCUGUCACAAUAUAUCCCUAAAUAUCCCCAUUUCCUAAAAUAUGCCCCCUACCUUUCACAUGAACAACUUCAAGCCGUGGGCUCGCUCUUACAGAAAGCCAUUCUCACCAUACAAAUCACCCAAUCCAUACACCCCAAGAACCC